CGUGAUGACCUCAGUGCACGCGAGCGGAGGGAGGGAGGAGCCGUGCGCGCGUCCACACUGUCUGACUGUGAGAGAGAAGCGGCGUCCUCAAAACUUUUCGCUGACGGAUAAUUCAUGACAUAAAUCAGUCGUGAAGGGAUUCCUGGAGUCACGCCAUGUUCAAGGCCGUGCUGAAGAAGAGCAGAGAUGGUGGGAAAAACAAGAAGGAUGCAGGAGAGCCGUACCUGCUCAGUGCCCAGCGGAGGUGUCCUGGUGGUGGGAUGCAGGAUCCCACAGGUAUCCGUCCGUUCCCGCCCGCAGACGAAGGCCUCAGACUCGGCCUGGCUAAAGGGGUCUCCAUGUCCCUCCCGUCAUCUCCUCUCCUGCCCCGACAGACGUACGUGAUGGCGGCUCGCCCGUGCAAGAAGUCUCCAGGCCCCGUUAGAAAGCCCAAGUAUGUGGAGAGUCCUCGUGUUCCUGGAGAUGCGAUCACGUCGUCGCUGAGGAAGGUUCCUGACGGUACAACUGAGCUGGCCGGUCCAGGCCCCUCCCCCGCCACUCAGGAGUUGAUGACACGCUUGGGGUUCUUGCUGGGUGAAGGCAUCCCGGGCUCCACGCGCAUACCUAUGGACGACAAGAAUGAAAAAAAGUGUCCAGUGAAUCAGGGAAUCAGUCCGUGUUCCACUCUGACCAGCAGCACGGCGUCUCCGUGUACGGACAGCCCCUGCUCCACCUUAAACAGUAACAGCGGUCGUCCGGCCUGUGGAACCAUCACCAGCCCCAGCUCCACCCUCGAGAGCAAAGACAGCGGCAUCAUCGCUACCAUCACCAGCUCAUCAGAGAAUGACGACCGCAGCGGCUCCAGUCUGGAGUGGGGUAAAGAGGGCAGUAUAAGGAGCUGCGCUCAGCAUGUGCGGCCAGACACAUGCUCUCCUGUGGCCGAGGAGGAAGCGUCAACGUCCGGGACAGGGAUACGCAGCGUCGCCGCGGCUAAGAAGGCUUCAGGAGCCGUAGGGCCUGAGGGACCCGUCCAAUAUCCCACACAGAACUCGUCCAGUCUGAUGAUGCCUCGGCCCAACUCAGUCGCAGCGACGAGCUCCACUAAGCUGGAGGAUCUGAGCUAUCUUGAUGAACAGCGAAACACCCCCCUGCGUACGUCCAUCCGCCUGCCCUGGCACAACACCGGGGGCAGAGCUCCAUACGACAAAGCCCGCUUUGCUCCGUACAAGCCCACUGACAUCAUGCUCAAGCCGCUGCUGUUUGAGGUUCCCAGCAUCACCACUGAUUCUGUGUUCGUGGGCCGCGAUUGGCUGUUCCAGCAGCUGGAGGAUGACUUGAGGCCCAGCGAAUCUGGCGAGAGUUCCGGGUCCAUCGUCGUGGGCAAUGUGGGCUUCGGCAAAACCGCCAUCAUCUCCCGCCUGGUGGCUCUCAGCUGUCAUGGCGGCCGCAUGCGGCAGAUCGCAUCCAACAGUCCAAGCGCGUCUCCGAAAAGUGGGGAGCCGAGUUCAGAUCUGCCUCUGAGUCAACCGCCUCAGCCGACCCCUCCGCCCAGCGCCACCAACACCCUGCGAUCCAGCAGCUGUCCCAGCACACCUGAGCUGCAGCGGCGCCGUGAGGAGGCCGUCAAACGCCUGGCUGCCAAGGUGGUGGCGUAUCAUUACUGUCAGGCUGAUAACACAUACACGUGUCUGGUUCCUGAGUUUGUGCACAGCGUGGCUGCUCUCCUGUGUCGAGCGCAUCAGCUGACCGCAUACAGAGAGCUGCUGCUGAAAGAGCCGCACCUACAGAGCAUGCUCAGUCUGCGCUCCUGCGUGCAAGACCCCAUGGCCGCCUUCCGCAGGGGCAUCCUGCAGCCGCUCGUCAACCUGCGCAAAGAGAGGAAGAUUCCAGAGGAAGAUUGCAUCAUCUUAAUUGACGGACUGAAUGAGGCAGAGUUUCACAAACCCGACUAUGGCGACACUGUCGCCUCCUUCAUCACCAAGAUCAUCUCCAAGUUCCCCAACUGGCUCAAACUGAUCGUCACUGUGAGAACAAGCCUUCUGGAGAUCACCAGUCUGCUGCCCUUCUCCAAGAUCAGCCUGGACGAAUACCCAGACAACAAAGAGAUCGGGACGGACCUGAACGCCUACAUCCAGUACCGCAUCAACGGCAGCCAGAACAUCCUCAACAACAUCUCCCUGAACGGCAAAGCCGACCCCAUCAUCGUGGGCAAAGUCAGCUCCCACCUCAUCUCCCGCAGCCAGGGCUCGUACCUGUACCUCAAACUGACCCUUGACCUCUUUGAGAAGGGUCAUCUGGUCAUCAAGAGCGCGAGCUACAAGGUGGUGCCGGUCUCUCUGUCGGAGCUCUACCUGCUGCAGUGCAACAUGAAGUUCAUGACCAACUCGGCGUUCGAGCGCGCCGUGCCCGUUCUCAACGUGGCGCUGGCGUCGCUUCACCCCAUGACGGACGAGCAGCUGUUUCAGACGCUAAACGCGGGCAGCGAGAGGGGAGAGCUGCUGUGGGACGACUUCCAGCAGAGGAUGGAGACGCUCUCGUGUUUCCUCAUCAAGCGUAGGGAUAAGACGCGGAUGUUCUGCCAUCCGUCCUUCAGAGAGUGGCUGGUGUGGCGAGCGGAUGGAGAGAGCUCCGACUUCCUCUGUGACCCCAGGAGUGGACAUGCACUGAUGGCCUUCAUGUUGUCAAGGCAGGAGGGGAAGUUAAACAGGCAGCAGACAAUGGAGUUGGGACACCACAUCCUAAAAGCACACAUCUUCAAGGGUCUGAGUAAGAAAACCGGUGUGUCGUCUAGUGUUCUUCAGGCCUUAUGGAUCAGCUGUAGUACUGAUGGUCUGUCUGCCGCUUUGGCUUCCCUUAGGAACCUCUACACACCCAAUGUCAAGGUGAGCCGUCUGCUGAUGCUGGGUGGAGCGAAUGUCAACUAUCGUACCGAGGUGUUGAACAACGCCCCCGUCCUCUGCGUCCAGUCUCACCUGGGCCAUCAGGAAAUGGCCAGCCUGCUGCUGGAGUUUGGAGCAAACGUGGACGUGGUUUCAGAGAACGGCAUGAGUUCUUUGUGUUACUCAGCGGCCGCUGGUCAUCUGGGGCUAGUCAGUCUUCUCUGUAAGAGAGGAGCCAAGGUGGAUCAUGUGGACAAGAGCGGCCAGUGUGCACUGGUGCAUGCGGCCCUACGGGGUCAUUCAGAGGUCAUCGAGUGUCUGCUGGAGCUGACCUGGAGCACUGAGGGUCAACAGGAUCUGAGCCUUAAGAACAAAGCUCUGCAGCAGGGCCUCAUCGCGGCCUGCAGUAUGGGACACAUUCAUGUGCUGGAGGGCUUGUUGACGUUAAAUAAUGAACUGGCGGUGCAGAUUGAUGCCCAUGACACACUAUGGGGCGAAACAGCUCUGACUGCUGCCGCAGGACGGGGGAAGAUGGAGGUGUGCAGCUUCCUGUUGGAGCGGGGAGCGCAGGUUCAGCAGGUGAACAGGAGAGGAGCGUGUGCCCUUUUCUGUGCAGUCCGACAGGGACACUGGCAGAUCGCAGAUCUGUUGCUGCAGCACGGAGCGGAUGUGAAUGUAAGCGACAAACAGGGCCGAACGCUGCUGAUGGUGGCCGCGUGUGAGGGGCAUCUCAGCACAGCCGACUUCCUGUUGUCUAAAGGUGCCUCUUUAGCGUCGGUGGAUAAGGAAGGGUUAACGCCACUCAGCUGGGCGUGUUUAAAAGGACACAAGAACGUCGUUCAGUUUUUGGUGGAGAAGGGCGCAGUUAUCGACCACUCGGACAAGAAUGGACGCACUCCGCUGGACCUGGCGGCUUUCUACGGAGACGCAGACAUCGUUCAUUAUCUGGUUGAGAAAGGAGCUGUGAUCGAGCAUGUGGACUACAGUGGCAUGAGGCCGCUUGAUCGCGCCAUCGGCUGCAGAAACACCUCAGUGGUGCUGACCUUACUGAAAAAAGGAGCCAAACUAGGCUACAGAACGUCACCUUAUGAUCGAACAGGUAACGCAGCCUGGGCGAUGGCGACCUCCAAACCCGACAUCCUCAUCAUCCUCCUGCAGAAGCUCAUGGAGGAAGGAAACCUGCUGUAUAAGAGGGGGAAGAUGAAGGAAGCGGCUCAGCGGUAUCAGUACGCAUUGAGGAAGUUUCCCAGAGAGGGAUUCGGCGAUGAACUCAAGGCCUUUAAGGAACUGCGCGUGUCUUUGUACCUCAAUCUCUCCCGCUGUCGCCGGAAAACCAACGACUUUGGCAUGGCGGAAGAAUUUGCAACCAAGGCUUUAGAGCUCAAACCCAAAUCGUACGAGGCGUACUACGCGAGAGCCAGAGCCAAACGCAGCAGCAGACAGUUCACCGCAGCGUUAGCCGACCUGCACGAGGCCACGAAGCUCUGCCCGAACAAUCGUGAGAUCUGCCGUCUGCUGGCCCGCGUCGAAGACGAGUGCAAACAGAUGCAGCGCAGCCAGAGCAAACACCAGAACCUGAGCAACCCGUCGGCAGACCCGGAACACGCCGAUCCAGAGCAGGACGACGGGACGGAGCGCGUCGAUGACGAGGAGGAGGAGGAAGAUGAGGACGACGACUCCGAGGCCUGGUCUCAAAACAUCUACUCGCUAAACCGAACUUCAAACGGACGCUCUGUUUCGCCGCCUCACAGACAAAGCCUCCGACAUCAGCACCAGAAGAGCCUCGUCCUGCAACCUAGCAAACAAGCGCAGAUUGUCAAAACCAACCAGCAUCUCGGAUCAUUACAAGCGGGAUCCGCUCGAACGCCAAACACGAAAAGCCAGUCGCAAUAUGCGCCGUCCAGCCCGAUUCCUAGCCGACACAUAUCCAGCGUGCUAAAAGCCGGACCGGGCAUCGAUAUCAGCCCGCUACUGCCCGCCAACGACGACGCAGAAGUCCACUCAUCCAAAACUCAACCUCUAGAAGGGACGCUUCAUUCCACGACUUCCGGAGCUCAAGAGCUGCGAAAAGACGCCAGCAUGAGGGUUUCCAGCUCCACCAGCAGCCUGGCGUCCAGCAGCAGUUUAUCAGACAGCGGGAAAGCGCAAGGCCCGGACGUACGCACCAAAACCGUAUCGGACAAGCCUAAGAUCAGCCAGACCGGCUCUGUGGAAUACAAGCCCCGUCCGUUCAUGGGAAUCAUGGACAAAACGGCUCGAUUUCAGCAACAGCAGCAGCCAACAUCUCGAGGAUGGCAGAGUCACUCCACCGACGGACUCGUGGCUUCUGCGUGUCUGACGGGCGAGAUUGCGUACGGCAAACCGUCCGGAGCUUAUUACGAGCCGCUCAAGGGUCCCGGCGUGCACAACGGGAGUCUACAUGCUAAAGAGUUCUGCCAUAAAGAUAGCAAACCGGUUUUGGCCAUGGCACAUUCGUUCACGGACAGUAUGAGCAAACAGCCCGGAUUAACUCGAGAAAACCCCAACAUUCAUGUAGCGGCAAUGAAACCAAAGAGAUCCUUUAUAGAGUCGAAUGUUUAGGACGUUCAUAUGCAACAACCCUACAAAACACACUUCAGAUGAAGGGAUCAGCCCCUAUUUAUACACACACACAUACAUAUUACCAUCCAGUCAAAACUUUUUUUUUUUUUAAAGAAAUUAAUACUUCUAUUCAAAAAGCAUGCAUUAAAUUGAUCAAAAGUGACAGUAAAGACAUUUAUAAUGUUACAAAAUAUUUCUAUUUCAAAUAAAUGCUUUCUAUUUAUCAGGAUACUGAAAACUAACGCAUUUUACAGUUUACAAAAGAAAAAAUAAAUAAAUAAAAUGAUCAGCAUAUUAGAGUGAUUUCUGAAGGAUAAAGACUGAAGUAAUGAUGCUGAAAAUUCAGAUUUGCAUCACAAGAAUAAAUUACAUUUUAAAACACAUCCACACGGAAAAGAAUUGUUUUAAAUUGUAAUAAUAUUUCACAUUUUUACUGUAUUUUUGAUCAAAUAAAUGCAGCUUCGGAGACACAGUUUUAAAAAAAAACGGUAAAAAAUCCUUUCCACUCCAGACUUUUCAAUUUUAAAUAUAUACAAUCAAAACGUUUGAACACAUACUUAUUCUCCGUAUAGUUUUACUGUAUGUUACAAAUUCAUCAUAGGAUCCUGAAAACUAACAUUUUACAGUUUCCAAAAAAAAAAAAAAAGUUUUUAACAUUAGCAUAUUGGAAUGAUUUCUGAAGGAUCAUGUGACACUGAAGACUGGAGUAAAGAAGCUAAAAAGUUAGAUUUGCGUCACCGGAAUAAAUUACAUUUUAAAUAUAUUCAAACAGAAAACAUUUAUUUUAAUUUGUAAUAAUAUGUCACAUUUUUUACUGUACUUUUGUUCAAAUAAACGCAGCUUUGGAAAGACUUCAUUCAAAAACAUUACAUUAAAAAAUCCAAACUUUUGAAUUUUAAAUAUAUAGUCAAAAAGUUUGAAUACAUACUUAUUCUCCACUUUCCAUAUUGUAAAAUAAUACAGUUUCAACUUAUCCGUUUUAAUUAAGAAAUUCAUAUGUAGGGACAGUUUGCCUACAAAGUGACCGUAAAGACAUUUAUAAUGUUACAAAGGAUUUCUAUUUCAAAUAAAUCCUUUCUAUUCAUCACAGGAUCCUGAAAACCUAAAAUAUUUUACAGUUUCCAAAAGUGUUUUCAACACCAGCAUAUUCGAAUGAUUUCUGAAGGAUCAUGUGACACUGAAGACUGGAGUAAUGAUGCUGAAAAUUCAGAUUUGCAUCACAGGAAUAAAUUACAUUUUAAAAUAUAUUCAAAUAGAAAACAUUUAUUUUAAUUUGCAAUAAUAUUUUACAUUUUUACUGAAUUUUUGAUCAAAUAAAAGCAGCUUUGGAGAGACUUCGUUCAAAAACAUUACAUUAAAAAAUCCUUCCCGCUCCAAACUUUUGAAUUUUAGAUAAAUAAAAUAUGUACAAUCAAAAAGUUUGAACACGUACUCAUUCUCCACUUUCCGUAUUGUAGAAUAAUAGUUUUAACUCAUGCAUUUUAAAGUUUCAGAGUCAUAAAGAAAUUCAUAUGGAGGCACAGUUUGUCUACAAAGUUAAGGCAUUAGAUCAAAAGGGUUGAAAGCUCAUGAAAAGUAAUAAUAUAGUGCCAUAUAUAUAGUUUUUUUUUUUGAAGAUUUAAAGAACAUUCACAAACACAACAUUCACUCAGAAAUAUACGAAAACAUGAAAUUUAUAUUCUGAAGUUUAGACUUGCAUUCAGUUCAGCUAUAACUGAUUAAUGGGUCUGUUUGUACUUGUUUUCUGUAAGCCCUGUGAGUGUGGACAACUUGUGCAUCCAGGAUGAUUAUUUUUAAGCCCUUCAAAAGGGACCAUAACGGACCAUAAACGGCUGAAGCGGGGCUCAAUCGCUGCGUCACACUGAAUCAGAGACACUGCACUGAGGAUUCGAUUGAAACUGAACCUGUGCACAAUGGGUUAAACGUUGCCUGCCAUUAU